AUGUCACGAUUAGAAUGUAAUUCUAAAGUUGAAAAAGGUGGAAGUAAAGGAAAUAAACGUAAUGAAAAAGCGCAAACAGAAUUUUUAUCAAUCAAGAAAUUGGCAACUACGUUGUUUCAUGAACAUAAACAAUUAAGUGACGAUAAACUCAAAGAAAGACUGACAUUGAUACUUCAUGAUGAUAAUCAUUGUAUCAAACAACUUCAAAAAUUAAAGGAGAAGGGUGUCACAUUUGAUCAGCUCUGGAAUAAAAAAAUUUAUUCUACUCUUCUUAAUGCAAGUCACAAUAAAAGAGGAUAUUAUAUUCAACAUGUCAAAGAAAAUAAUGUUAAAAAAGUUCACGAAAACUUGUACAUGCUAAGUGACCCAGAUAAUUCUUCAUCUAAAAUGUAUAUGGAUACACAAUCAGUCCUUGAAGCAAUCUUUAAUGAAAAACAUAUAUCAACUAAAUUUAAUGCAGAAGUUGUAGAUUCUUGGAUUGAAGUUUUAACAGAUACCAAACAAUAA